AUGUUUGGCUACGCUACGUACGAGAGCUUAGGUGAUCUAAACGUUGGGACUGUUCGGAGCGUUUUCGGCUCAAACCCCUCUUUAGCUCAAUUGCCCUCAAUGUUCAUUAUCACCAUGUCAAGCAUCGCAGACUUCACGGUACCAGCAAAACCAAGUGAAUACUCGUUCCCCGCGUCAUCGACUGCGCUCAUAAUGAUCGAUUUGCACGGAAGUCGGAACCCCCUGUUUUUAGAUGAUCUCGGUUCUCUUCAUCCAGGCAUAAAACCCAACAUCUCCAAAUAUACUAUUCUUCUCAAAACCUUUCGGGAGCAGAAUAUUCCUGUUUUCCACAUACGAGAGUCCCAUAGCCGAGUUAUAUCAGGAAAUACGCCAUCAAAGCUCCCCGAGCAGUCAGAGAUCCAGAACCCGGAGCAGCAUGAAAAUGUCAGAGAGAAUACACUCGAGGGUGGGCAAGCGUUAAGUGGAAAGAGAAAUGAGUAUCACCUGAUCGAUAAAUGUGCGCUAAAACCGUGGGAAAUGGUUUUGGAUAUGCCUGGUAAGGAGGCAUUGUGGAGUGCAGCACUGCAUGAACAGUUGAUUAUAUGGGGGAUUACCCAUCUCAUAAUUGGGGGUAUUACCACGCAAGGUUGUGCUGUGGUCACUUCCAGAGAAGUUAAUGAUCGAGGGUUUGAGUGCUGUGUUAUAGUUGAUUCCAUAGCGGAUUACAACGAGGCACCUCGAACUUCCUCCUUAGAACAUUGGUCUCGGGGACUGGUUGGCUCUGUUGCUAAUCUCGAAGGUUUCGUUUCACAAGCCCAUGUGCCUGUCCCGGUCAAUAAGCAUGUUUCUACAACUAGUGGUUGGAGUGGCUCCUUGGACUUGGUCUCACUGCGCCAAGCUUAUAAAUCUGGUGUUUCCCCUGUCACGGUGAUAAUAGAUGUGUAUAAAAGGAUCGAAACACAUCUCUCGAAAACAUCCUCCACAUUCAUUGCAACCGUACCCCAAGCCGCCACUAUCUCUACCGCACAAGAUCUCCUCAACAAAUACCCCGAUCAUGCAUCUCGACCGCCUCUGUUUGGCGUUCCAUUUUCUCUGAAGGAUAACAUCGAUGUUGCGGGAAUGGCCACAACUAUAGGCUGUCCCCCGCUCGCCCAUAUACCCAGAAUUUCUGCAAAGAUAUACACAAAGUUAAUCUCUCUUGGAGCAAUAUUCAUCGGGAAAACGAAUAUGGAUCAACUCGCCACCGGAAUGACAGGAUGCCGCUCUCCAUACGGCAUUCCCGCUUCCGUUUUCAAUCCACUAUACAUCGCCGGUGGAUCAUCCUCUGGCGCCGCAGUUUCGGUCGGUGAAGAACUGGUCUCUUUCGCUAUUGGAACCGAUACUGCGGGCUCUGGCCGCGUGCCCGCGGGCUUCAACGGCGUCGUUGGAUGGAAGCCGACGAAAGGGACCGUCUCGUUAUCUGGGGUUUCCAAAGCAUGCGAGUCCCUGGACUGUAUAGCGUUUAUGACCGCCCGACGUGGUGGUGUCAGUGAUGCCAGGGAAAUAUGGAGAUACGUCCGGGGAUAUGACCCGGAGGACGUUUACUCUAAGCCCCCGAAUACUUGUUUGCCACUGAGGUAUCUUAGCGCGACCAGACCAUCUGCGAGAAAGUUUCAGUUUGCAAUACCGCCACAAAGCGUUAUUGCCAAGUGUGCACCGGUCUUCUGUCAAUUAUUUUAUGAAUCUGUCGCAAAACUACAGGCAGCGGGGGGUGAGCUCAUGGAGGUUGACUGGACGCCAUUUGAGGAGGCGGGAAGGUUGCUGUAUGAGGGUACAUUGGUGAACGAAAGGCUCGCUGCGAUGCCCUUCUCGGGAAAGGAUUGGUACGAAACGAAUAAGGACAACCUUCAUCCAGUUACUAGAGAAGUUUUCGGGGGGGUGUUGAAGAGGGUAAAUACCACAGAAGACGUAUUUAGGGAUUUAAAAAAAAUAAAAAUCCUCACACGGACUGUCCACGACACAAUUUUCAACCCUUUCCACGCAACCGGUAUCGACAUCCUUAUAGUGCCGACAACACCUAACCACCCCACCAUUGAAGAAGUCCUAAAGGACCCAAUCUCGCUCAAUUCGGACCUGGGGACUUUUGCGCAUUUUGGAAAUGUGCUUGAUCUUUGCGCGGUUGCUAUGCCGGCGGGAACGUACGAGUUGGAUGACGGGAGACAGAUGCCAUUCUCGGUAACCUUGUUGGCGGGGUCGGGAGAUGAUGCGAGACUGUUGGAGUUGGCUGCUGGCUUUGAAAAGUCGGUUGAUGUUGCGGCUGGGGCUUUGGAAUGA